CUCUGUUCGCCAUCAUGGAUGAAAUCGGUAUUGAGCUCCAGAAACAUGAACCCACUUUCGAGUCGGUCGUGACCGAGAAAACGGCACUCUACCAGGAAUUGCAAGAAGAGGACCUCUACACAAAGUACAAGAAACUUUCUCGACAUUUGGAACUUCUGGAGAUACAGGAGAGCUACAUCAAGGAUGAACAAGCCAAUCUGAAGCGGGAGCUUAUUCGUGCCCAGGAGGAGGUCAAACGUAUACAAUCUGUUCCGCUCGUCAUCGGCCAGUUCCUUGAACCCAUCGACCAGCACACUGGAAUCGUGGGCUCAACAACAGGCUCAAAUUAUGUUGUCCGUAUUCUCUCGACUCUCGACAGGGAACUGUUGAAGCCAUCAUCAUCUGUCGCUCUCCACCGCCAUUCCAAUGCUCUCGUCGACAUCCUUCCUCCAGAAGCCGACUCUUCAAUAUCGAUGCUGAGCAAGGAGGAGAAACCGGAUGUUUCGUAUCAAGAUGUCGGUGGAAUGGACUCGCAGAAGCAGGAGAUCAGGGAGGCAGUGGAACUGCCAUUGACACACUUCGACCUUUACAAGAAGAUUGGUAUCGACCCUCCUCGAGGAGUUCUUCUUUACGGUCCGCCAGGUACCGGGAAGACGAUGUUAGUGAAAGCCGUUGCACACCAUACCACAGCCUCUUUCAUCCGGGUGGUCGGGAGCGAAUUUGUGCAAAAAUAUCUGGGCGAAGGUCCUCGAAUGGUUCGGGACGUCUUCCGUCUAGCUCGCGAGAACUCCCCAGCCAUUAUCUUCAUCGACGAAAUCGACGCCAUUGCUACAAAACGGUUUGACGCGCAGACAGGUGCUGAUCGUGAAGUGCAACGUAUUCUAUUGGAGCUUCUCAACCAAAUGGACGGCUUCGACCAGGGGAGCAACGUUAAGGUUAUCAUGGCUACCAACCGUGCAGAUACUUUGGAUCCUGCUCUAUUACGGCCAGGUCGUCUGGACCGUAAGAUAGAGUUCCCGCUACCAUCAAGGCGAGAAAAGCGUCUCAUCUUCCAAACUGUGACGAGCAAGAUGAACUUGGGUCCAGACGUCGACUUAGAGGACUAUGUUUCUCGCCCAGACAGAAUUUCCUCUGCUGAGAUAUCAUCAAUUGUACAAGCUGCAGGUUUACAAGCCGUAAGGAAGAAUCGCUAUGUCAUUCUUCCCAUCGAUUUCGAGGAAGCAUGGAAGCAAACUGUUAAGAGAUCCGACGAAACGCAUGAAUUCUACCGGUGAUGCUUCGACCCAUUACAUAACCAGUGUUUAUGUAGACAUUUCUUAUGUUUUCAUGAACAAAGCUUUCAUAUUUUACCAUCCGCGCUUAUGCCUCGCGAAUACAUUCAACAUCCAGUGCAUUUCUGUACUUAGUAGCGUCUUGCUGCAGAUGUUGACGACCCAGUUGCUGCAUGAUUUACUAUUUCUCAACAGA